AGCAACGAAAAUGUCACCAAAAACGCAUUAACAAAUUCCAAGUUGGUGGCCAAAAUGAUUGGUAGGUCUGGUGACCACGUGGUUGUUUUUUCAGGUUAGAAAAAACUGGCUGUAAUUUGUACCACCACACGAAUAUUGUGCAAAAUGGGGCGCCGGAAGCCGGGUUUUAGGAAAAACCACCAGUUUUCCAACCAGAAACAAGGGGGCCAAAGUAAUGUGGACACUCGCAAGGCUUACAACGACAUAGUAAAAGAAAACGAAAAGUUUGUCAAGUAUUACGAAGUGCAAAACGUGUGCAAGAAAGAUGAGUAUGAUGCGUUUAUCACUAGUUUAAAGACGGACUUGCCGGCGACUUUCCGCAUCACUGGCUCCAAGGGAGAGGCCCAAAAAAUGCUCGAAAUCGUCCAAGGCCAGUUUAUUAAGGAUUGCUUAAGUCAGGGUGAUAGUGAGGGGAAGCCCCCAAACAUAUUCCCUCUCCCUUGGUACCCCAAUAAAUUAGCCUGGCAGUUGGAACUGACACGUAAAGACAUAAGACGCUGUGAGGCCUAUUACAAACUCCACAAUUUCCUAAUUUCGGAAACGGAACAUGGGACAAUUUCACGCCAGGAAACCGUCAGUAUGAUACCCCCCUUAUUACUCGACGUGCAACCCCAUCACAAAGUUCUAGAUAUGUGUGCCGCCCCCGGCUCCAAAACCGCCCAACUUUUGGAGAUGUUGCACUCCAAUGAUGACCCGAUUCCUUCCGGUUAUGUUAUCGCAAAUGAUGUUGAUAACAAGCGGUGUUAUAUGUUGGUGCACCAAGCUAAAAGGCUGAAUUCGCCGUGUGUGGCUGUAAUCAACCAUGAUAGCGCAAUUUUACCCAACCUAUCGGCGUCUCUGCCUGAUGGGUCAAUGGAACAAGUCCAGUUUGAUCGGGUGCUGUGCGAUGUACCAUGUUCUGGAGAUGGGACUUUGCGCAAAAAUCCAGACAUUUGGAUGAAGUGGACGCCCGCAAACGGGUUGAAUUUGCACGGAAUUCAGUCUAGAAUUUUGCGAAGAGGGGCCGAAUUAUUAACAGUAGGCGGCCGGUUGGUGUACUCAACUUGUUCAAUAAACCCAAUUGAGAACGAAGCUGUAAUUCAUAGAUUAUUAUCAGAGACUGAUGGAGCGCUUCAACUAGUUGAUGUUAGUAGUUCGUUACCUGGACUUAAAUAUAUGCCAGGUUUGGAGAAUUGGUUAGUUGGGAGCCGGAACUUGGAAUUUUAUUCAUCUUAUGAUGAAGUGGACGAGAAAUGGCAGACGACAAUCAGGCCACAAAUGUUUCCGCCAAAAUCUGAAGACAAACAUUUGUAUAAUUUAAACAGAUGCAUGCGUAUUUUACCCCACCACCAAAACACCGGUGCUUUCUUCGUUGCAGUGUUAGAAAAACUCAAACCUCUCAACUCGAAAGAAAAAUCAUUUAAAACGAACGAAAUCCCCGAAACUAACAGUAACAACAAACGCGAAAAUGACGAUUUCCACAAAAUCAGCGAAAAAAAACGCCGGAAAGAAGGUUACAGAGAGGAUCCGUUCGUUUUUUUCAAAGAAGAGGAAUCGGUUUGGAACGAAAUUAAAUCAUUUUAUGAAAUUUCCGACGAUUUCGAUUCGAAAUGUCUCUUGACUCGAUGUCAUGUCGGUAAAAAAAAGAACAUUUAUUUGACGUCGAAUGCAGUCCGCGACUUGGUUGUACAAAAUCAGAACGUAAUCAAGUUUAUUAAUACGGGUGUUAAGGCGUUUGUUCGCUGUGACAAUAAAAACAUGAAAUGUGCCUUCAGGAUUGCCAAUGAUGGGCUUGAAAGUAUUUAUCCCUACAUUGGAGAUGGGAGAAAGAUAGACAUUCCGAGAGAAGAUUUAAUUACUUUGCUUUUGAACGACAAUCCAGAGAAGUCGCCUCCGAUUGCUUCAUUGUCAGAAAUUGUACAGAAGCAAGUUGAACAUUUAAGUCCUGGAAGCUGUGUAUUAAUUUAUAAGGAAGAAAUUGAAGGUAGUGCUGUACCUUUAAUUAUUCAUAUCAGUGGUUGGAGGGGCACUACUUCCUUGAGAUGCUACAUGUCCCAACAUAGCACAGUCCAUCUCCUUCGGCUUUUAGGAGGCGAUAUCACCAAAUAUGAUGUGAACAAGUUCAAGAAAGCGGAAGAGGAUGGAGAAGUGAAGGAAGGAGAAUCGGGAACACAAUAAAGCCUUGAGCCUCGGAACAUUGCGAGCAUUGGGUGUAGUUUUUGCGACGUUCGCAUUCCAUUAGGAGGUGUUCCAUCAACAUCGACACUUCCACCACUUGGCUGCAUUCCUUGCAACGUACCAGCAUGGGACACGAGCGCCAGUAGUGCGAGUUCAUGGAGUUGCUCACGGAGAGGAUGCUACUCUCAGGCUGGUUGCAGAAAAUGCAUUGUCUGGAAUUGUUUUUACCAAAAUAUACUAAUUCGUCAAGGACUGA